GGGAGCCGGGAGCUGGGAUCGAAGGAAUGGGGGAAAGGGAGAAGGAGAAGUCAGAAGAAGAGUGGUCCCGCUGCCUGCGUCGAGCGGUGUUCGAGGAAAGGACUGAGGGCUGAGGGUGGUAGCAGGGGAGGCAGUGGGGCAUGCGCUUUCUCGCUCUGCAGGCGACGACGCUGGGAGCUCCAGAGCGCUUUUGACUCUGUGGGGCUUUUGCGGAAUGUUCAUGCCAGCAGGAGGUCGCAGAGCAUGUUAACGAGGUCGGGGCGAUAGUGAGAUUGGGGUUGCGUGGGAUGCGUCAACGGAGGAGGGCCCGAACGAGGGAUCCAUGAGCAGGAGGGCACUGCGACGGAGGAGGAAGGUCUAGGGAUAUGAGCGUGUUGAAGAUUUGCGCGAGUGGCGGGAGUGGAUUUUACGAGGUCGGAUGAGGUCGAGAGAUUGGGGUGUCGAAGUGGGAUGCUUCGACGGAUUAGGGCCUGAAAGCGGGAUUCAUGAGCAGGCGGGAACAGGGAGGAAGACGGACUAGGGAUAUUCGCGAGUUGAAGAAUUCUGAGUGGCGGGAGUGGAUGCUUUACUAGGCCGGGGGAGAUAGAGAGAUUGGGGGCUCCGAAGCGGGAUGCGUAGAAGGAGAAGGGCUUGCAAGAGGGCUCAAUGAGCAGGCGGGAGCGGCGACGGAGGAGGAGGAAUUAGGAUAUGCGCGAGUCGAAGAUUACUCCGAGUGGUGGGAGUGGAGAGGAUACUGAGAUGGAGAGUAUCACUCUGUCGGCCGAGGGUCAUGCUGGUGUGAAGAAGUAUCUGGUGGGAGACCGCGUGGAGGUGAGGCAGAGAGAGAAAGGGUUACGAGGAUCCUGGUUCCCGGCCGUGGUCGUUGGCGUCAAGCAUGGGAAGAGGGUGGUAGAGUAUGACGAGCUUUUGACCGAAGACCGUCGCAGGAAACUUACUGAGAUCAUACCUGUAGGUAGAGGGGUGGAUGGAGUUAGAGGUCCUUCGCGGUCAUCUUUGAAGUCUCCUCCCAACCGGCUUCGCGCUCUCAUUAGGCCACUGCCACCUUCUACUCCGGAUGCUACCGAACUUACCUGGAAAUCUGGGUUAUGGGUCGACGUUCGUCACAAUGAUGCGUGGUGGGAAGGGAUUCUCGAGGAAGAUGUUUGUGGCUCGAGGAAGCAAAAGCGCGCCCCUGUGUAUUUUCCGGAAGAAGAGGAUCAUGAGACUAUGUCUUUAAAGGACAUGAGAAUUGCACAGGACUGGGACGAGGACUUGUGUAAAUGGAUACCCAGAGGGUAUUCCGAUGUGGCAGUUCCUAAGAUUGAAAAGCGCGUUAGGACUAUGUCUCUAGGUCGAGAAUCUAGGGGCCGAAAAACCUCACCACGGGAUAUGGAACUUGCAAUAUCACUUCCUAUAGAUGCAAGCGGUUGUUCUGAGCGUGUUUCCGAGUAUACCUCGGCAUGGAAUAGUUUAGAUAAGACGUCUCCGGACAAUUACGUGGAGAAACCUAAACGCAGGCGGGGGACGUUGAAGGAGUCUGUUGCGUUGAAUUCUUCGACGAGUACUGCGUCUUCCUCUAGCGAGGUGCGCGAGGAAAAUGUCGUGCAUCAGGUGUCUGGUAACGAUGGAGAACCUUCAGAAGGGGUUUUGGGAAGUCUGGAAUUAGAGAGGAAUGAGGUACUUGGCGUGCUCAUAGACGAGGAGAAGGGAAUUACUGUACAGAGUGGUGGCUCAGGUGGAAUGGAAAAUGAGACGCAGGAUUUAUCAUGCUCCGAGGGAGCCCUUCCAGUAGCCGAAAUGAGUAGCUUGAGAGUAAACUUGAGCAGACCACUCGCUGUUCCCGAUACUAGCACAGCAGGGAAGGCGUCCUGCAAGAAAGCAGGAAACGGUCUAGUGAAUGUCAAGAGGAACAUAGCCAUGGACGACGAGUGUGACUUGAUGGAUCUGGAUGAAGAUGCCGCCCGGGAGCUCCUUUCGGAAUCCGGGUGGAAUGUUACAAAAAAUUAUCGUAAAACUGGUAAGGCUCAGUGGUACUAUAGGGCACCAGGCGGCACUUUACUGGGCUCAAUACAGUCGGCCUUAAAACAUUGGAAGAAAUUCCAAAAGGGGAGUACGCGUGAAGACGAGAAUCCUACUUUGAACGAUUUGAAGCUGGAAAACUCACUUAGGCGAGACCGGAAAGUUCGAGAGGUUUCUCAGCAAUCGGUGGCACCCAAGAACGGCAAGAUGAAGAAGCCAUUGUCUCCCCUUACAGGUGGCUGCUCGGACAGGAUUUCGGACAUGAGGACCAUAGACAACAGAGACUCCUACGAGAAUGCGAAGUCGAAGAGAAGUGCAUCAGAGGUUGAGGUGGAGUUGGACGACCAAAUGGUCCCCGGCGAACAAAAGCGGAGGAAAUUAAAUAUCAGCACACAUGAACAGAGUAAGUCGCCGUGGAUUGAGAGCCAGGUUCUUGUAGAGAAGGGGCAGACAUCGGAGUAUGGCUUCUUGUGGGGACACUUAUCGGCCGGUAAUGAAUUCCCACCGCGUCACAUGCUGACGGGACGUGAUGACAAUAUGACCGACGUCAACAUUGUAGCCCUUACCUCCAAGAAGAGAGUCUGUACUGCCGAGGAAAUUUUACAGGAUUCGAGUGCUUUAAACGCCGACGGCAGGAUGCUUUUGGAGGAACCUAGAAGCAAGAAGAGCAGAGCAAUUUUCACCGAUCUGGUUAGUACCCCUGAAGGAAAAAGCAGGAAGAGUUUGGUCACUCUGCAGGAAAGUCUGCAAAAUACUCAGCAGGUGGACGGUAAGCAGCGUAAGAAGCCGUUUAGCCCACACAGAGCAUUUGAUUUCAAGCAGACCAAAAAGAGCAUCGGUCAAGACUUCAAGCAGGUCAAGAAGAGUGCCAAAAAGAGCAAGAAGAGCCGAGCACUCGCCCGACCAGGUGUCCGAUUGGAAGUACUUCUGGCUGCCCCUCUCACCAAGUCUGACACCACUGCAGAGGGUGACACUUUACUGAGGAAGCGGACUUUACUUUCAUGGCUCAUCGAUAAUGGGAUGGUGGAAGAGAAUGAAAAAGUGCGUUACUUGAAUAGAAAGGAUAACCACUGCAUGUUAGAGGGCUAUGUGACCAGGGACGGUAUACGGUGUGAUUGUUGUGGAACCACCGUCACACUCUCUGUUUUCGAAGCCCAUGCAGGCAGUAAAUUGCAUAGACCGAGUGCGAAUAUCUUUUUGAGCAACGGUAAGUCCUUAUCAGAAUGUCAGGUUGAGGCCCUUGCGAAGAAGACUGAAAUCGAAGGUGAUCCAGAAAAGGCGUCUGGGAAUCAGGAAUCCGCUGACAAGAGUGAUGACACUUGUGGCAUUUGCGGUGAUGGCGGGGAGCUAAUCUGCUGCGAUCAUUGUCCGUCCACAUUUCAUCUGAACUGCAUGGGAAUGGAGGCCGUCCCGGAUGGAGACUGGUUCUGUCCGAAUUGUCGUUGUGCGAUUUGUGGCGGUAGCCAGUUCAAUGGAGAUAAAUCUUCUUUCAACGACUUGACUGUGAUAUUCUGUGAUCAGUGCGAAUGUGAAUAUCAUGUGAAGUGUUUACGAUCACGAGGUAUCGAAUUGGACUGUUGUCCCAAGGAAGAUUGGUUCUGUGGAGAAAGUUGUGGAAGGAUCUUCCGAGGUUUGCGAGGACUUGUCGGCGUUUCCAAACCAAUGGAGGGAGGGUUUUCAUGGACCUUGUUGAGAUCGCGGGCUGAAGAUGAUCGUAAAUCCGGUUGUAUCUCGAACACAGAAUUGAAUGCCGAGCACGAUAGCAAGCUCUCCAUUGCUUUGAGCGUUAUGCAGGAGUGCUUUCGCCCUAUGAUUGAUCCGCGCACCAAAAUUGACAUCAUCUCCCAUGUGUUAUAUAAUCGCGGAUCGGAAGUUAGUCGACUCAACUAUCAUGGGUUUUAUACCAUGUUGCUCGAAAGAGGAGAUGAACUCAUCUCAGUUGCCACCAUAAGGGUCCAUGGAGCAAGGCUUGCAGAGAUGCCUUUGAUUGGGACUCGAUUCGCUUAUCGAAGGCAGGGAAUGUGCCGGAAACUGAUGAGCGCCUUGGAAGAGAUGUUGCGUAGCGUAGGAGUUGAGCGGUUGGUGUUACCUGCCGUUCCAGAGUUAUUGGAGACAUGGACCGGAGCCUUCGGAUUCAUGAACAUGGAGGGAUCGGAGAGAUUGCAACUUAUGGAUCUGAACAUUAUGGCCUUCCCAGGGACUUCGCUUUUGUACAAGCCCUUGGAUAAGUUGGAUGCUUCUCGAACUGAUGCCCUCACCACAGCCUUAGAGAUUCCAUCUCAGGCGCUGAGGCCGCAAGUAGGUCAACCGAAGAAUGUUGGUUCCACAUCAACAAUUCAGGCGAGAUCGAAGAAAAGAGGCAAAAAGAAGAGGGGCCGCCCUCCAAAACGUAAGGAGACAAGUGGAGCUUUGACGAAAUUAAAUGUUUGUGGUGUAUAUUGCCCAGCAUUUAAACCCGAUACUAACGCAGAACACUUUACUGUGGAGAUACCCAAAAUGGAAGUUUCAAUGAUAAGAGCCCCCGUCGAAGACGAUCGAAAAAAGUUCGUUUGUCCUGCGGAGGCUCGUAAGAAACGUGGUCGCCUCGCUAGGCCUAGGAAGGGGAACUUGUUUGGAAGUUUCUUAUCUGGUGUAUCAGACGAGAAGUCGGUAGACCAGAAGAUGGUGUCAGAGCUAGUUACCGUUUACGUUGAACAAGUGACUAGAUUUGGAGAAGACACUGGUACUCCCUUGUACAGGCCAGCUUCCCCGGAUGGACCAGUACUUGUGGAGUCCUUUCUCACUGAGCAGAGCGUUUCGGUUAGGCCUUCAUCAGCAAUUCAAAGACUUUACAGUACAAAAGUGAAGGGCGACGUCGAAGGAACAGAUAGUGGUGGGGAGGUAAUGGCUAAAGGUGAUGAGUUGCAAGCAAAAAAGGCUGCUACAAUGAAGAUACUGAAGUCCGUAUUAGGGGUUGAUCAAUCAGCAUCUUCGUUGACGUACUCAAAAAUAGAAGAUGUCAGCAGCCUACCACAAGAAAGAUCUUCAUCAGAAGAAAACCUUUCGAGCGAAGAAGAAGAUGAGUUCGAAAACUCGGCGGGAACGCAUACAAGGGAUUUGAGGACAAAGGUGGAAACUCCGGGGUGGCUUAUAGACUCCAUCAAAGAAGCCGCGAAGACUUCUGCACGACCUGUUCCUGUUCGAGAAAGGAAUUGCAAAAUUCGUGGUGUAGAUCGACAAUGCCAAAACGAAAUUCCAGCCUUGGAAAGUGCGACGGCUUGUAGUACUAAAACAUACGAGAGGAGGAGAAGUAAACUUUCUCCACAUUCCCAGAGGGAGUCUGUCUCGAGAAAAAGGCAGAUGGAGUUAGCAGAUAGUGACCCCAUAUCCAGGACGCUGGAUUUCUCUUCAGACGAUGUAGAACCUGUGCAGUACUACGAGCUACAACCGCUAUACGUUCCCAUGAGAAUUUUUCCGAGCCAGUUUACAUAUCAAAAUUAUGAUCUCAUGGGACCCGAUACUUUCAAACCUGUGCAGACCGACGUUGUAAAUAGCAGUUAUAGGGGGGAGUCAAGCCUAGCCGAUAGCUGGCAGACCGGAACAGCUAGCAGUGAAGAUAACUUCUCGGGCAGCUCUUACGAUCAAAGAGAUGAUUACAAAAGCAGAGGAACAGGUUUGACGGUUAGACUCAAGCUCAGUAACUUGAACUUUGAAAAGAAGAAGAAAAAGAAGAGUAGGUCGAACUUCAUGAACGUUGUUCUAGAGAAGGUACCGGAGUGCAAUUCUUUCGCGGAGGACAUCCCAAUCACUUCCAUGCACGCAGCAACGGGUUCUGGUUCUGAUUCAAGGAGUAGAGAUACAGAGGUGGCUUCUCCCGGGCCGUUUGAUCAAGGACAAUCGAAGAAGAUAGAUCGGGUGGCUGAGCCUAAGUACAUUUCGGUAAUGGUAAAUUAGUGUAGUUUGGGGACCCUCCACAUUAGGUGGAGAGGUUCUAAUGGACACGUUUAUGCUGGUGCCUUGUAGUGGCAGUGGUGGGAUGUAACCCUUGAGAAUUUUUUGCAUGUGACAACACGCCAUGCAUGAUCACCUGCCGCAGGGCACAUUUUGACCAAACACAUAUGGGGCUUCUAACCCCAUGAAAGGUAGAUUCAAGCUUUCAAUCAGUACAGAGUCUUCAGUUUUCCUAUGCAUUGAGAAGGCCGAACCGGUAGCCCAUUCCGUCAGUUUUUCUGAGGGUAGGGCCAGGUUCCCAGCAUUUGUUUAUAAUGUAAGGUAAUUAUGAAGAUGUUGAUUCCUUGUUGUGGUGGAGCUGUGC